AUGCAAGCCAACGGGCCCCCGUCGCCGAGCAAGGCAAAGCGCUCGCGUGCCGAAAUGGAGGCUGACGGCGCCGUCUCUGCAAGAGAAGCUGCGGCCCAAGUUCAAGACGACGAUACUUCCUCCGACGACGAUGACUUCGGUCCGGCUCUCCCCUCCUCGGCGCCCAAGAGGAAAAAGCGCAAGCUGCCGUACGAAAAGCUCUAUGUCGCUGCACUGCCCGGCGCAACCCGUUACUCCAAAUCACUCAUGCAUCGCGAGCAACUGUGCUUUACCACUUUGACGCCCCACACCGACUUCCUCAUAACGAGCUCCGUCGACGGCGUGGUCAAGUUUUGGAAGAAGGACUUUGGCGGUAUAGAGUUUGUCAAGGAGUUCAGGGCGCACAAUGGCGAAAUCAAGUCUGUCAACGUGAGCGCCGACGGCCGUAGCUUUGCCACUGCAGGCGCCGACAAGACGAUCAAAAUCUUUGACGUCGUCACCUUCGAUCUCCUGGCCAUGCUGACCGUCGAGUAUACCCCUCGCGCGGUUUGCUGGCUGCAUGGCCGAGGCGCAAGCUUUCCUCAACUCGCCGUCAGCUCCGAAGAGAAUGGUUGGAUCCGCAUAUACGAUGGCAGGGGGGAGAAUCCGGAGCCUCUGCAAACGCUCAAGAGUGUGCACAGGGCGUCGGUCAGCAUAAUGGCAUACAACAAUGAAUUCGACUGUGUCGUAAGCGUCGAUCAAGGGGGUAUGGUCGAGUACUGGAGACCCAAUGGAAAUUAUGAAAAGCCAGACAACGUAUGGUCGCUGAAGAGCUCCACCAACUUGUUCGAGUUCAAAAAGUCAAAAUGUGUGCCCUCGUCGCUUACCAUAUCCCCCUCUGGGAAGCAGUUUGCCACCUUUUCCUUUCCUGAUCGAAAGGUCCGCGUCUUCGAUUUUGCAACGGGCAAACUCUAUCGCACAUACGAUGAAUCAGUUGAAACCAUCACGAGCAUGCAACAGGCCGGCACCGCUGUCCAACACCUAGAGGACAUGGAGUUUGGUCGACGGAUAGCCAUCGAGAGAGAGCUUGACCAGCCUACUACAAGAGGUCGCAUGAAUGUCAUAUUUGACGAGACAAGUAAUUUCAUCCUAUAUGGCAGCAUGUACGGAGUCAAAGUCAUCAACACGCUGACUAACAAGCUCGUGAAGCUGUACGGCCAAGAAGAAUCCAUCCGACCGCUAUGGCUGUGUCUCUAUCAAGGUCAACCAGAGAAAAAGGGUGUCGUCACGGUCGAAAUGGCAGCGAGCGAGAACCCACUGCUUCAAGAAGCCGAGGCGAGAGACGCCAUGCUGGUCUCUACAGGUUCUGGCAAGGUCCGCUUCUACAUGUACACCAACGAUGCCAGCGCUACCAAGUCGACCCGUGACGUACAGAACGAGAAACCUCGUGCCGCUGGCGCCAAUAAACAAAAGAAUGAUAAAACACUCGCUGCGACGGGUACGACGGCAACACUUCACACUACCUAUGGUGACAUCACCAUUCGCCUCUUCCCAGACGCUGCGCCCAAGGCCGUGGAGAAUUUCGUCACCCACGGGCGCAAUAACUACUACAACAACGUCAUCUUCCACCGCGUAAUCCGCAAAUUCAUGAUACAAACCGGUGACCCACUUGGCGACGGUACAGGCGGGGAGAGUAUCUGGGGCAAGGAAUUUGCAGACGAGUUCUCCAACUUGAAACAUGACAAACCCUAUACGGUGAGCAUGGCGAAUGCUGGGCCAAAUUCGAAUGGAAGUCAAUUCUUCAUUACAACUGAAAAGACUCCCUGGCUCGACAACAAACACACCAUCUUUGGAAGGGCGAUUGCAGGUAUGGACGUUAUUCACAAGAUCGAGAACACCAAGGUGUACAAGGAGAAGCCGGAGGAGGAUAUCAAGAUUAUCAGUGUCUCCAUCUCUUGA